AUGUCUGACUCCAAACCUAACCGUUCCUCUAUCCCGGACUGGCAAAAACCCAGCUCUACCAGCUCCAACAACUCCACCUCCACACCGUCGCCCAGCUCUGACGGUGCCUCCCGAUCGGCUCUCAUAGAGCAAGCAUCCAAGUUCUUACAGGAUGAAUCCAUCCGUGACGCUUCAGUCGAUCGCAAGAUUAUAUUCCUACAAUCCAAGGGUCUCCGGAAUGACGAGAUCGACCGCCUCUUAGGUGUAUCUCGCAACGCCGAAGCCAACUGCAACAACUCAACCGAUUCCGCUUCCUCAGAUUCUCACAAUACCCCAGAGACAAAAACCAAGACAGCGACAUCCAGCACCCCUUUGGCCUCUUCACCCGUCACAAGACCUAGUAACCAACCUAGCGACGCUAAUAGUGCCAAAACCGAGACCUCGUCGUCACCCCGCGACGUCCCGCCCAUCAUCACAUACCCCGAAUUCCUUAUCCACCAAUCCAAGCCCCCACCACUCGUGACCCUACGCAGCAUCCUAUACACCCUCUAUGGCGCAGCCGGUCUCGGUGCCAGCAUUUACGGUGCAAGCGAGUACCUCGUGAAACCAAUGCUCGAGAACCUGACGAGCGCAAGACACGACCUAGCGCAGACCGCAUCGGCCAACCUAACCAAGCUAAACGAGAAGCUGGAACAGAAUGUAUCCAUCAUCCCACCGCACCUGACAGCCCACAAGACGAGCGACUCCGACGAGGAGACCGAAUCCAUCACCUCGGAUCCAACAGAGCUGUUCCAUCGCGAUGUGGCGACGCAGACCUCGCAGGAUCUGGAACAGCCUCGACCGACGAAUGAGACCGAUGGCGAAGCGGUGCCCGGUCCCACGGCAGCGGUGAAUACGCACAUGAAACGGCUCGAUAGUAUCACUUCUCAUCUGCGGGAAUUCUCCGACACGGAGAGAGAGUCCUCGACUAUGGAUGACACCGUGCGCACGAGUCUAAAUGAUCUGCAGCACUAUCUUGAUGGUUUACUCUAUAGUAAGCCGGGAUAUGGCCCCGUCACUGGCUACGGCGUGUAUAGCACCCCCGGCAUGGACAAUAAUGGGACCGCAACGGGAGUGGGAAAAGGCGAGGAGGAUGCGAUAUUGAAUUUCAAGUCAGAAAUUAGAGGCGUGAAGGGUGCAUUGCUAAGUGCGAGAAACUUCCCUACUAGUCGUGGAAGAGUUGCUGCUGGUCUUUCCGUUGGGAAAUAA